AUGAGUCUGAAGACAGGGUUUGUGGUCCUCCUUCUCUGCAUGCCAGGGCUGCUCAGUGCUGAGUGGGGGGGGACCUACACUGAGAAGGAGAUCUGUGCAUUUAAAGGAUCCACUGUGAAGCUUCAGUGCUCCUUUAAGUUCCCGCCCACACAAGAUGGGCGUGUGAUCAAGGUCAAGGAAACAUUUUGGUUCACCAAAGAUCCAAAUGAAGAUCUGAGAUUGGACCCUCAGUACUUUGGUGGUGUGCAGUCUGAGUGUCAUGGCAACAUCUGCAGUCUGACCAUCGCAGACGUGAGACGGAGUGACGAGUACACGUUCAGAUUCACAACUAACCAUUCCAGAGGAGACUUCAUCGUCACUCCUGGUGUCAACGUGACCGUCACUGAUCUGAAAGUACAAGUGCCCUCAAGUUCCAAUGUUAUUGGGCAAACUCAUUGGUUUGAUCUGAAGUGUGUCAGCACCACUUGCAGUCCUUGGUCUCCUUCUUCAUACAUCUGGUAUAAGAAUGGAAAGGAAAUCCAAAAUGAAAAGUCCCAAGUGUACACAGUAGAGCAUGACUACAUAAACAGUUACUCCUGUGCUGUAAGAGGACACGAGCAAGCUGCGUCUCCUCCAGAGUGUACGUACAGGUCAUGUAACAAGGUGGUUUACUACAAGAGACACAUCUGUGCCAUCCAAGGAUCAUCAGUGGACAUUAAAUGUGAACACACGAGCUAUGGAUAUACCCAGAAAAAAUUCUGGUACCGUACGGAUUCUAGUCACUGGAGGAAUCCCUCCAUGACUGAAGAUCUCUGGUCAGACCCUCAGUAUGAAGUUCGUCUUGAGUUACCUUCAGAGACUUCUGGAAAUAGCACACUGAGAAUAAAAAAUGUGAGGCAGAAUGAUUCUGCUGAGUACCGCUUCAAAUUCACCACUUCUGGUUUUAAAUGGAGGAGUAUUUUACCUGGAACCACCUUGACAGUAGCAGCUGUGCAGGUGCAGGUGAUGUCAGUCACAGUUGAAGAUUCUCACCUUGUUGCACAAAUGUUGUGUCACACAAGCUGCCUUCUAGAAGCUACUUUGUCUUUUGUGUGGCAGCACAAUGGAAAGUAUAUAAAUCAUGGAACCAAAGUAGAAGUCACCUUGUCACCUGGAGACUACAUCACCUGUGCUGCACGACAUCAUCAACAUAUCAGCAUCUCUCCUCACCUGUAUGUUCUGAAAAGACCCUCAGUGUCUCUGAGUCAUACUGGUGACAUAUUGGAGGGUCGUCCACUGACACUGACCUGCUACAUCGACAACUUCAACUACUCCUCAGCAACAGUUGAUUACUGCUGGUACAACAAGAAGAAGAAUGUGUCUUCAAAAGUUAGAGUCCUCAAAAAAGAUCGACAACUGGUCUUCAAGUCCAUCAAGUCUUCAGACUCAGCAGAGUAUUGGUGUACUGUGGAGAACCAGCUGGGGAAGAAGACAUCAGAACCCGUCUUCAUUGAUGUCCACUAUCCUCCAAGACGGCCCUCUUUGUCCGUCAGUCCGUCUGGUGUCAUUGUUGAGGGACAGUCGGUGAAUCUGACCUGCAGCAGCAAUGCUAACCCGGCCGCCAACUACACCUGGUACAAGGACAACCAAUUUCUAACCCAAAAAAAAAAAAAUCGUUACAGUUUGACCCCCAUCCGACCUGAAGAUGCUGGAACAUUCCACUGCAUGUCUGAGAAUAAACAUGGACGUGUCAACUCUUCAUCAGUCGUCAUAAACGUCCAACGUUACUGGGUCCUCACAAUGGCUGCAGCUGUGGGCUCAGUCGUUGUUCUGGUGGUCCUGGUUCUCACCGCCUUCCUGGUGUUGAGGAAAAAGAGGCAAUCAAAGAAGUCCAACGCCCAGUACGUCCGAGGAGGAACCUUCUAUCUGAACAGCCUGAGUUCUACUUGUGAGUCCAGGGCGGGCGCAGCUGGUGGCGAGGCUCCAAACCAGGAGAGGAAUGAAGUCGUCUAUUCUCAGGUCUGCUUCGCCAAUUCGAGCGACGGUCCCGUCGACGCCAGCACCACGCCAGUCGUGCCCCUCAGACGCCUGGUGGAGGAGGAGAAAGAUGGGUUGGUGUACGCCACAGUUAAAAAUUGCGUCUCUGGGCCGAAACCACAAGGGGGCGCUGGUGAGAACCUCAACUGAUGAAGACGCCCAACGCAGUAGGGAUGGAUGCAGCUUCUGAAUUGUUGCUCGUCUUUUCACUUUUUUAGGGAAUGAAUCAACCUCAGGCCCAGCAGGACUCACAUUCAAAUAAUCCAAAUAAAUAUAGUAAAUACAUGAAUAAAUAAACCGCCGCAUCUCGCUUCUAAGUUUGCAGCUUCACUCCCUGGCAGAUUUUUUUAAAGCAUGUUUUACUUCUUUUUGGCCUGUAAUACGCAUUUUCCAGCAUAAACAUGGCUGAAUUAAUUAAAAAAGAUCACUACUACAGUAUUAAUGGCCACUAGACAAGACCAAACCAAUCAGAAUGCACGGUUCAGUAUCGUGGCCAAUGAUUGGCUCAGCCUCAGCCAGCAUUACUAGAUUGUAUCAAAGAAAUGAACAAGUGACAAAAGGGUUUUAUACCAUUUUGGGGGUGUUCUAAUAAUGUUUAAAAAACAUUUUUAGAAGGUCAGAAACAGUUUUUGUUUAUUCGCAAGCUAGGAAAAUAUUUAUAAUAUAGACUUGGCGGUAAUUAAUUUACCAGGACCAAUUGCCAGUGAUAAAUGAGGGUUCACUUGACUAGGAUUGUGUAUUCAAAUGCAUGUCAACACACUUUGAAAAGUUGUUUUACUUCAACAAGUGAAAUGUUUCAGGGAUGCUUUUCAAUGCUGAUAAUUAUAGUUUCAUAAAGGAAAAUAGAAAUUUAGUAGAUCAUAAAAUGUAAACAAUCGUCAAAAAGAUGAUCGUAAACGACUGAUUUGUGCUCCAAUCAGCAGAUGAGCUUCCUGAGCCUCGUCUUAAUUGAAAUAUGUUUGCAUGUUAUUCUCAUUAUUUCUCAUUAUUUCAUUAUUAUUAUAACAUCAAAAUGUUUUUACUGUACCACUAUCUGUGUAUUUUAUCAUUUUAUUUUAUUGUAUUGAUUUGUUUUUAUGUUUUAUUAAAUU